AUGGUUAAGCUUGGACAGUUAACCGUAGUGCAGUUAAAGCGGCAACUGGAGAAGCUGGGGCUUAGCACAGGUGGUGUUAAGACGGAGUUGCAAGUAAGGCUGCGUGAGGCUUUGGAGGCGAGCGGUAUAAAUGCGGAAAUGGAAGAAUUCCCUGAAGAGAUAAUUGUAGCGGGAGAAGUUAAACAGGUGAGUAAUAGUGAAAUGAUGGAGCUUAUGAUGAAGAUGAUGCAGCAGAUGAAGGAACAUGCAGAGCAGACUUCCACUGAGCUUAAGAAAAAUGCAGAGCAGACUUCCACUGAGCUUAAGAAAAACGCAGAGCAGAUUUUCUGUGAAUUCAAAGAUUUAAAACAAGAGUUGUGGCAACUUGUCGGGAUAACAGCAGAGGCGCAAGAAAAGUUGUCGAAAAGGGUUGAUGAAACAAACCGGAAUAUUCAAGUGUUUAAUGAGGUGUACCAGUUAGAAAAUCGAUUGGAUGAUUUGUCGUCGAAUCGUCAUUCGUUAGCGAGUGUUCGCCAGACUGGGGAAGUAAAAUUAAAACCACCGGUGUUUGGUGGAACCGCGAUGUUUGAAGUUUUCCAGUUACAGUUCGAGACUACUGCUGUUGCAAAUCGUUGGGGUGAAGAUGAGAAAACGGCAGCGCUGAUUGUGGCAUUAAAGGGCAGAGAUGCUACAACAGAUUCCUGA